AUGAAGAUUUGCGUGCUGGGCGACGCGGUGCACUGCGAGCAGGCGCAGCGGGCGGGCAUCCCGUUCAAGAGCGUCGAUGACUUGAAGAAACUGAACAAGAACAAGAAGCUCGUCAAGAAGCUGGCGCAGUCUUUCGACGGCUUCCUGGCCUCGCAGGUGCUGAUCCCGCAGAUCCCCAGGCUUUUGGGCCCCGGCCUCAACAAGGCCGGCAAGUUCCCGACCCUGGUGCAGCACACCGACGUCCUCGAGAACAAGGUGACCGACAUGAAGAGCCAGGUGAAGUUCCAGCUGAAGAAGGUGCUCUGCAUGGGCGUGGCCAUUGGCAACGUCAACAUGACCCCCGAGGAGCUGAGGAUGAACUCGCUGAUGGCGAUCAACUUCCUCGUGUCGCUGCCCCGCCGAAGGUCGCUGCUGAAGAAGAACUGGAACAACAUCAAGCGCCUGCACAUCAAGAGGCGCCUCGCGCCGCAUGUCCCCGCGGCCCGCCGCGCGAUGCCCCCGGGCUGCCCGCCCGCGGGAGGGGCCCCGGGCGGCGCUGGCGGCGAGCGGCCCGCGCUCGUCGUGGACGUGGGGGCCGCCGGCGGGCGCUUCGGGCCCCCGGGGCAGCCGGCGCCGGGGUGGACGGUCUCGCACGAUGGCGCCGGGCUCGAGGGCGGGGUCCUGCGCCGGCCGUACGGCUACGUGGAGGGGGAGGGGGUCACGCUGGACGCGGCGGCGCUGGAGGCGUGCUUGCGGCACGGGCUUGCGCACGCGCCCGAGGCCUUUGCGGCCCCCGGCCACUCCUGCCCCUCGCUGCUCGUGGCCGAGCCGACGCAGGCGACGGCCGCCAUGCGGCGGGAGGUUGCCGCCGUGCUCUUCGAGAGCCUGGGAGCGCCGAGGGCCUUCCUGGCGAAGAGGGCCUCCCUCAGCGCCUACGCCCACGGCCACACCACAGCCGUGGUUUUGGACGUGGGCGCCUCCCACAGCUGCUGCGCGGUGGUUGCGGAGGGCUGGGUGGCGCCAGAGCGCGUGCUGGACUGCGCGGUGGGCGGCGACCUCCUCGACGCGCGCCUGCUGGAGCGGCUGGAGGCCGUCGGCGCGGAGGUGGGAGGCGCGGGCGCGCCGCCAGCGGCGCGCCUCGCGGCGGCGCGGCGUGUCCGGGAGGGCGCGGCGAAGGUGUCGCUGCCCGACGGCACCGGCCUCGACCUGGCCGCCCAGGCGGUAAAGCCGUUGUUCUGCGCGCCCCCAGCGGGCGCCGGCCGACCGCUGGCGGUGCGGCGGGUGGGCGGCGGUGAGGCCUACCGCGGACUACAGUGGAUGAUAGUCGCAUGCGUGACGGCCAAAGAUGAGACGCACCUUCCCGUGACACCGAAGCAGCUUCGACGUUGCAUUUUAUUGACGGGAGGAUGCUCUCGAUCCGACGGCUUCGCGGACCGGGUCGAGGCGGAGCUGCGGGGCGUGCGCGAGCCGUGGCUGGCGGAGGCCGACGGCGGCCCCCGCUGCUGGGGCGGGGCGCGCAGCGGCGGCGGCGCCGCGGCGGGCAGCGCGGGGCCGCCGGCGGGCGCCGCGCCGCUGGAGUUCGGCAGCUGGAGAGACCGGCGCGGCCAUCUUGGCGAGUCUGGGCUCCUUCGAGGACCCCCGGAAUUCUGGGUCACCAAGGCCGACUACGAAGAGAGAGGCUCCGAUGUGUUCGCCGAGAGGUGCCCUUAG